AACUCCCUCUCCAAUGCACGCGAUCUGCGCAUGCGCACGGCGUGCUGUUAAUAAGGGAGUUUGCUUUCGAAAGGGAGUGGAGCUGAAACUGUUGUCUAAAGGGAGUGGAGCUUUAACUGCUACCGAAAAUCUUUUCCUCGGUAAAAAUACAAUUAAUUGCUUCCCUUAAUGGCGACGCAGUGUGUGACCAAAGUGGAGCUUACAGUCUCCUGUGAAAACCUUUUGGACAUGGACAUUGGCUCCAAGUCUGACCCACUUUGUGUCCUGCAUAUGAAUGUAUCUGGAAAUCAAUGGUUUGAGGUGGGCCGCACAGAGAAAAUUCAGAAUUGCUUGAAUCCCAGAUUUGCCAAGAAGUUUCUCAUCGAUUAUCACUUCGAAAUUGUACAGAAACUUAGAUUUGGCAUUUAUGAUAUAGACAACAAAACCAUUGAUCUGAGUGAUGAUGACUUCCUUGGAGAGUUGGAGUGUUCCUUGGGGCAGAUUGUUUCCAGUGAGAAGCUGACCAGACCUCUGAUCUUAAAGAACAAGAAACCAGCAGGAAAAGGAACCAUUACAAUCACUGCAGAGGAAAUUAAGGACAAUAGGGUGGUGAAUUUUGAAGUCGAGGCCAGGAAGCUGGAUAAAAUGGAUUUCUUCGGAAAGUCAGACCCUUACCUGGAAUUCUACAGGCAAAUGGACUCAGCGUGGCAGCUUGCCCACCGAACAGAGGUGGUAAAGAACAACCUAAACCCCUGUUGGAGACCUUUUAAAAUCCCUCUGCAGUCUCUUUGUGGAGGAGAUAUGGAGAAACCUAUCAAGGUGGAAUGCUAUGACUAUGACAAUGACGGCUCACAUGACCUUAUUGGGAUUUUUGAGACCAAUUUAAAACGCCUACAGGAGGCUACACGCCCUUCUCCAGCAGAGUUUGACUGUAUAAACUUGAAGAAAAAGCAGAAGAAAAAGAACUAUAAGAAUUCUGGUGUUGUGAGCGUGAAACUCUGCCAGGUUGUGAAAGAGUACACGUUUUUGGAUUAUGUCAUGGGUGGCUGCCAGUUAAAUUUUACUGUUGGAGUGGACUUCACAGGGUCAAAUGGUGACCCAAAGUCUCCUACCUCUUUGCACUACAUCAGUCCUAGUGGUGUUAAUGAGUAUCUGUCUGCUAUCUGGUCUGUUGGACUGGUGAUUCAAGAUUAUGACAGUGACAAAUUAUUUCCAGCUUUUGGAUUUGGGGCACAGAUUCCCCCAAACUGGCAGGUGUCUCAUGAGUUUCCACUUAACUUCAAUCCAUCUAAUCCAUUUUGUGCUGGAGUAGAGGGCAUGGUAGAUGCGUACAGGAAGUGCCUGCCACAGGUCAAACUUUAUGGACCUACAAAUUUUGCUCCCAUCAUCAGACAUGUGAGCAACUUUGCCCAACAGGCACAACAGCAGAAUACAGCCAGUCAAUAUUUUAUCCUGCUCAUUAUUACGGACGGCGUGAUCACAGACAUGGACCAUACCCGAGCUGCCAUUGUAGCUGCUGCCCGUUUACCCAUGUCCAUCAUAAUUGUGGGUGUGGGUGGGGCUGACUUCACUGACAUGGAAAUCCUGGAUGGGGAUGAUGGACGUCUGAAAUCUCCCACAGGAGAGACAGCCAUGAGGGACAUUGUGCAGUUUGUUCCUUACAGACAGUUCCAGAAUGCUCCUAAAGAGGCAUUGGCACAGAGUGUACUGGCAGAGAUUCCUGGCCAGGUUGUCAAUUUCUUCAACAUGAUGAAGCUCAGCCCUCUUAAAUCAAGCACCCCUGUGGCUGAUGCUGAUGGGCAAAAGCUAAACGCCUAAUGCCGCUUCAGAGAGUACCAGUAAGGGACUCUACCAGCUCAUGCUUCAUUCCUGUACAGCAUGCCAGACCCUUUCAUACAAGCAUGUAAACAGAUGUACAAGAUGUUUUUCCACUUUAAAUUUAUCAUUUAUCUCAACAAAAUUCUACAUUUAAUCCCCAUACUCAGUGUCAUAUGUUGCAGUUCAAAUUUGCAGGCUCUGUGAUUUAAAAAGUAUGGACUGCACUAGAGGUCUUCUCGGGUCUAAAAAAAAGUACCCGACCCGAAGUGACCCGAAUCACUUUUUACCCGAACCCGACGUGCAUAAUUUAUUUAUAUUUUUUUAAGAAAGACCCGACCCGAGACAAACCCGAAAACAAAUAGACCCGAGUCCGACCCGAUGGCUUUUUUUUUUCAACCCGACUGGACCCGAAUGUUGCAUAACUCUACACUAAAGUAACCGCUACAGCGUGGAUUCAAAAUUGAUUGACAGGUCUGUUUCAACGAAAAUUAGCUUACCGCCAGCCACACGUCACCAGCCACAUGUUGCAAGCGGUCUUGGCAAACAGAGGAGAGGUUGGAAAAGGACUCGAGUCGAUGCACACACGUGAGAUACAGUAGUUCGGGUCUUCUCGGGUCCGUUCGGUAAAAACACAUUCAUUUUAAAUUACCCGAGACCCGAUGCCACUAUUAUUAUACCAGACUCGUAUCCGAGGUACACGUGAAACUUUUAGACCCGAACCCACUCGGGUCAGACCUCGGGUUUUCGGAUCUAAGUGGACCCGUGAAGACCUCUAGACUGCACAAUACAUGAAGAUUUCUGCUCCAACACUAAUCUGAAAGACUUCACUAAACGAUGAAGCAUUUUAUUCCUUUUGGCUGCAGAACGCUUUUGUUACUGGUGCAGAAAAAAGAUUUUAAAGUCUGCACAGUUUUCCAUUUAUACCAGUUAACAUCUCACCCACUACACACACCUGGUAACAAUAGUCCAGUGUGCUUUGAGUCAGGUACAUACACACAAGAUCUGUUUAUUAAAACAAGAUAUGUUUUGACAACAAUCAAAUAAGCGCAUGCUCUAAAUUGCUCUUUAGACACAGGGGAGACACCGGGGCAGUCGUAUCAUGAAACUCUUCAUUUAAAGCUAUGUUCAAAUCAACAUAUUGAAUCUGUCCUAAGUGCUAUUUUUUCUAAAUAUGACACAGCUGUGUGAAGCCAAAAUACUUUUCUAUCUGGUUAUUUUUCUGAUUUCUUCUACAAAGCUAAGGCAUGGUGAGGGCUGAACUAGUUUAUGCUGUUAAUGUGUACAUAGCCCAAGUGCAUGUUUAAACACAUUUAUUCAAAUGUGAGCAUGUACUGUUUUUUAUUAUCUAUUUUUUUGUUAAUUUUAUGUUUGUUUUAUGUUUAAAAAUUGUAAUUUUAUGUUCAAUAAGUUUUUCAAGCAGGAUAUAUUUUUACUUGUUGGUAUAGAAGUUACUUUAAUAUUUAGAGGAAAUGAUCAUUUUUGUCACAGUUUACACCGUUCCAUUAAUGAAAAAACUUUAAAUCAUUAACGCUGCUUAUGAGCAGUUAUGCUAUUAAGUGCCAUAAUAAUAAUACCGAUAUUUAUAUUUCCUAUAGCAUCUGAAUGGGUAUAGAGUGGUGAGGUAGCUACCUCACAGAACGAGUUACCACCUCACACCAGGGUUUGAUCCUGAACUUUGGUUAUUAUCUGUGUGGAGAUCUUUUUGUGUCUGUGUGUUUUCUCCGUCAACCACCAGAAAUAUGCCACUAGGUCAGUUGGCUGUGUUAAUUGUCUCUAGUUGUGAAUUCGUGUGUGUCUGGCUUGAAAACAUGUGUUCACAGAGAAGUCUCCAGCUCCACCACAGACCUGACCAGGGUAAAGCGAUUACAGAUGAAGGCAGACUAGUUUUAUCUGGACCCAUGGUCAGUUACAGUAUGUUUGUAUAUACUGCAGUGUCUUGCCAAACUUCCAGAUGGGUCAAGCUUUUUUUUUUUAUUUAGGAUUUAUUUUAUAAGCCAUAUAAUUACUUUAACCUAUAUUACAGUAUUAAGGAACUCAUUCUAGUUUUCUCAAAACAUUAUUUGAAUUUACAGAUAUAUUUAAUCAUACAUAUUUUUAUGCAUUUAUAACAAAAAUUGCUUCCCAAUUCAUUUGGGCUUUAGAUUGAAAAGUUUGUGCACAUUUUUAUUUUUGUGUUGAAUGUUUUUUAAAUGUGCAGUUUGGAAUAAAGAAAUGUCCAAUCACUUAUUAAACUGAUUAUUAACUUUUAUGCUGCAAAUUCUCAGAAUGGGCAAGACUGUGGAAGGUGUUUUACAUAGAUGUGUGACGUUGUGUUAUGUUAUACUGUAUAUUGCAUUUAUGUACUCAUUGUUGAUUGUACUCAUUGUGGUGGAACAGUUUUCAGUUCAGUGUAAUAUGUCCCUAUUUUAAUCAACUGACCAUUGUUAUUUGGUUAUUAGCUACAACAAUUGAUAACCACAUAUCAUAUUGAUCUGAGCUCAAUGCUUCAAAUAUCAACACAUUUUUUUGCAUAUUGUGAUUUAUUUUGUUUGUUCCUAGUUGCAGGCAAUUUGAUUAAUGCUUGUCUUCUGUCUCAAAUUCCAUACAUAAAUUGUUCAAUGCAAA